AUGCAGAUUGACAACCCUGAGUCGGUGGUGGAGAUGGCGAAACAUGGGGAGAUUGAUGAAUCACUCUAUAGCAGACAGCUAUACGUCCUCGGACAUGAAGCUAUGAAGCGCAUGGGCUCGUCCAAUGUGCUCAUCGUCGGGCUUAAAGGUCUCGGUGUCGAGAUCGCUAAAAACAUUGCCCUUGCUGGCGUUAAAUCCCUGACCCUAUUUGACCCCGCACCCGCCGCCAUCUCCGACCUCUCCUCGCAGUUCUUCCUCACACCUCAAGACGUUGGCAAGCCUCGAGCUGAAGUAACCGCUCCUCGUGUUGCCGAGCUCAAUGCCUACACCCCAGUCUCAGUUUUUCCUGGUAAAAACCUGACGGACGACCUUUCCCAGCUAAAGGCCUUCCAGGUCGUUGUUCUCACCAGCACAUCGUUAAAGGACCAGGCCGUUAUCGCUGAAUAUUGUCACGAGAAUAAGAUAUACGUUGUUAUUGCGGAUACAUUCGGUCUUUUUGGUUACAUAUUCACCGACUUUGGGAAGAAUUUCACAGUCGGAGAUGCGACAGGCGAGAAUCCAUUGAGUGGCAUUAUCGCAGGAAUCAAUGAGGAAGGAUUGGUCUCUGCUCUGGACGAUACGAGGCAUGGCUUUGAAGAUGGUGAUUUCGUUACUUUCUCGGAAGUUCGUGGAAUGACAGGUCUCAACAACUCAGAGCCUAGAAAGGUUACGGUUAAGGGUCCAUACACCUUCUCUAUUGGAGAUGUGAGCGGACUAGGGACUUAUGAAGGCGGUGGCCUCUUCACCCAGGCCAAGAUGCCAAAGUUCAUCGAUUUCCAGCCGUUCAGCCAGCAGCUCAAGAAGCCAGAGUUCGUUAUUUCCGAUUUCGCCAAGUUUGACCGGCCAGCGCAGCUCCAUAUCGGUAUCCAGGCACUGCACAAAUUCGCUGAGACCCACGAUAACCAGCUUCCUCGCCCUCACCAUGAAGAGGAUGCGAAGGAAGUUAUUGCUCUUGUCCAAAAACUUGCUGGUGAAGGUGAGGACAAGAUCGAGAUUGAUGAGAAGCUCAUUCGCGAGCUGAGUUUCCAGGCCAGAGGAGAUUUGUGCCCCAUGGCAGCAUUUUUCGGUGGUCUGGCUGCACAAGAGGUUCUGAAAGCUGUCUCCGGGAAAUUCAACCCCAUCUUCCAGUGGCUGUACUUCGACUCCUUGGAAUCUCUCCCAACCACAAUUAAGAGGUCCGAAGAGCUUUGCGCUCCGAAAAACUCUAGAUAUGAUGGACAAAUCGCCGUAUUUGGACAGGAAUUCCAAGAUAAGCUCGCAAACAUCAACGAAUUCCUUGUUGGAGCUGGUGCUAUUGGGUGCGAGAUGUUGAAGAACUGGGCUAUGAUCGGUCUCAGCACGGGUCCCAAGGGCCAAAUCACUGUUACCGACAUGGACCAAAUCGAGAAGAGCAAUCUCAAUCGACAGUUCCUGUUCCGCUCCCAUGACGUUGGCAAGCUAAAGAGCGACUGUGCCGCGGAAGCCGUCCAGGCCAUGAACCCAGAGCUCAAAGGAAAGAUCACAGCACUAAGGGAGCGAGUUGGAGCGGACUCCGAGCAUGUUUUCAAUGAAGAUUUCUGGAACAAGCUCGAUGGAGUUACCAAUGCUCUUGACAACGUCGACGCCCGUACGUAUGUUGACAGACGCUGUGUAUUCUUCAGGAAGCCUCUUCUUGAAAGUGGCACUCUUGGUACCAAGGGAAAUACUCAGGUCAUCAUCCCAAGACUUACUGAGUCGUAUUCGAGCUCCCAUGAUCCACCAGAGAAGUCUUUCCCAAUGUGCACCCUGAGAAGUUUCCCCAACCAAAUUCAACAUACCAUUGCCUGGGCAAGAGAUAUUUUCGAGUCCUUAUUCGUUGGGCCUCCAGAGGCUGCAAACCUUUAUCUUACGCAGCCAGGCUAUAUUGAGCGUACAUUGAAGCAAGGUGGAUCCGAAAAACAGACAUUGGAGAACCUCCGGGACUUCCUGGUUACCGAGAAACCACUCAGCUUUGACGACUGUAUUGUCUGGGCUAGACAUCAGUUUGAGAAGUACUACAACAAUGCUAUUCAACAGCUCUUGUAUAACUUCCCCAAGGACUCGGUCACCUCCAGCGGGGCGCUGUUCUGGUCUGGACCAAAGCGUGCCCCAACUCCAUUGAAGUUCGACUCCAAAAACGAUACUCAUCUCUCUUAUAUUAUCGCUGCCGCAAACCUCCAUGCAUUCAACUACGAUAUCAAGAACCCCGGUGCCGACAAAGAUUAUUACCGCAAAGUUACUGAAGACAUGAUCAUUCCAGAAUUUACCCCGUCUUCCGGUAUCAAAAUCCAGGCUGAUGAGAACGAGGAACCAGAGCCACAGUCGUCUUCGUUUGAUGAUAACGAAGAGAUAAACAAGCUAGUCAGCUCGCUUCCCGACCCUAAGUCUCUUGCUGGAUUCAAGCUUCAACCAGUUGAGUUUGAGAAGGACGACGAUACGAACCACCAUAUCGACUUCAUCACUGCUGCUAGCAACUUGCGUGCAGAGAACUACGAGAUCGAACCCGCUGAUCGUCACAAUACCAAGUUCAUCGCCGGAAAGAUCAUUCCUGCCAUCGCCACUACUACCGCCCUGGUCACUGGGUUGGUUAUCCUCGAGCUAUACAAAAUAAUUGAUAACAACCAGGAUAUCGAAAGAUACAAGAACGGUUUUAUUAACAUCGCAUUGCCAUUCUUCGGUUUCAGCGAGCCGAUUUCCAGCCCCAAGACCAAGUACCAAGGGCCAGAUGGUGAGGUUGUCUUAGACAAGCUGUGGGACCGCUUUGAAAUAAACGAUGUCACUCUCCAGGAGUUCUUGGAUCAUUUCAAGAAGCAGGGACUGGAGAUUGUCAUGCUUAGCUCUGGUGUCAGCUUGCUAUAUGCCAGCUUCUAUCCUCCAGCCAAGGUCAAGGACCGUCUUCCCAUGAAGAUGAGCAAAUUGAUCGCAGAGGUCAGCCGGAAACCGAUCCCCGAUCACCAGAAGUCUGUGAUUGUUGAAAUACAUCCCGAAACUCCUGAUGGUGAGGAAGUCGAGGCCCCAUAUGUCAUGUUGAAGCUUGACAAGUAG